AUGCACAUCAGAAGCCUCGUCGCCGACACGGAGAAAUCCGGGGCUCCGUCCUUCUCCUUCGAGUACUUCCCGCCCAAGACCGCCCAGGGUGUCCAGAACCUCUACGACCGCAUGGACCGCAUGAACAACUUUGGUCCCAAGUUCAUCGACAUCACAUGGGGAGCCGGCGGUGGAAUCGCAGAGCUGACGUGCGAGAUGGUCGUCCAGGCCCAGGCCGUCUAUGGCCUCGAGACCUGCAUGCACCUCACCUGCACCGACAUGGGCCUCGAAAAGGUCAACGACGCCCUGCAGAAGGCGUACAAGGCAGGCUGCACCAACAUCCUUGCCCUCCGCGGCGAUCCUCCCCGUGACCAGACCUCGUGGAAGGCCGCAGACGGCAAGUUCCAGUACGCUCGCGAUCUCGUCAAGCACAUUCGCGACACAUACGGCGACCACUUUGACAUUGGCGUUGCUGGCUAUCCCGAGGGCUGCGACGACAACAAGGACGAGGAUCAGCUGCUCGACCACCUCAAGGAGAAGGUGGACAUGGGCGCCGGCUUCAUCGUCACGCAGAUGUUCUACGACGCCGACAACAUCCGCUGGGUCGGCAAGGUCCGCGAACGAGGCAUCACCGUUCCCAUCCUGCCCGGGAUUAUGCCCAUUGCCACGUAUGCCAGUUUCCUCCGUCGUGCCAAGCACAUGCAGUGCAGGAUCCCUCCCGACUGGAUGGCCAAGCUCGAGCCCGUCAAGAACGACGACGUGGCCGUGCGUGAGAUUGGCAAGACGCUGGUGGCCGACCUGUGCCGGAAGCUCCUCGCCAACGGCAUUCACCAUCUUCACUUCUACACCAUGAACCUCGCCCAGGCCACCCGCAUGGUCCUCGACGAGCUCAACUGGACCCCUUCGCCGGAGCGUCCACUCAAGCAGGCCCUCCCCUGGAAGCAGUCCAAGGGCUUUGGCCGCCGCGACGAGGACGUGCGUCCCAUUUUCUGGCGCAACCGCAACAAGUCGUACGUCAUCCGCACCCAGGACUGGGACGAGUUCCCCAACGGUCGAUGGGGUGACUCUCGAUCUCCCGCUUUCGGAGAGCUCGAUGCCUAUGGUAUUGGCUUAACCGGCACCAACGAGUCGAACCGCAAGAAAUGGGGCGAGCCCCAGUCCGUCCAGGACAUUGCCACCACCUUUGUCCAGUACCUCGAGAAGAAGAUCGAGACCCUCCCGUGGAGCGAGUCCGCUCUCGCCGCCGAAGCCGACCCCAUCAAGGACGACCUCGUCGCCCUCAACAAGCGCGGCCUCCUCACCAUCAACUCGCAGCCCGCCGUCGACGGCGCCAAGUCCAACCACCCCGUCCACGGCUGGGGCCCCUCCAACGGCUACGUCUACCAGAAGGCGUACCUCGAGCUGCUCAUGCCGCCCUACCUGCUGGACGAGAUGAUCAGCCGCCUCGACGACUUCCCCAACCUGACCUACUACGCCGUAACCAAGAACGGCGAGCUCAAAUCCAAUGCACCUUCGGACGGGCCCAACGCCGUCACCUGGGGUGUCUUCCCCGGCAAGGAGAUUGUCCAGCCCACUAUCGUUGAGUCUGUCAGCUUCUUGGCCUGGAGAGACGAGGCUUUCCGCCUGGGUGUCGACUGGGCUCAUUGUUUCGACGCCGGUACCCCCAGCCGUGCUCUUAUCGAGGACAUUAUGAACAACUGGUACCUCGUCAACAUUGUGAACAAUGACUUCCGCGAGAACAACACCAUUUUCGCCUUGCUCGAAGGCCUCGAAGUCAAGGACCUCGCCGUUCCCGCCUCUGGCACCACCUCUGGCACAGCUUAA